AUGUCUGACCCCACCAACGACCCCGAAAUCUCAAUCACCCAAAUCGACGUCGACCUUGACAUCCAAGAAAUUCUCCUCGCAGCCUCUCAACAUGAUAUCCCCAAGCUCCGCCGCCUAUUGCGCACGGAAUCCGUACUACCCAAUGCCGCGAACGUCAAAGAUCCAGAGACAGGCUACUCACCCCUCCACUCUGCGAUCGCAGCUUGCGAGCCCGAAGAGGCCGAUGAAGAACAGCAGGCGAAUGGCGUGAACGGCGCAAGCGAAGACACAAAGCAGGAUGAGAAUGCAGAGCUGCUGAAGUCUGGCAUUGAGACUGUCAAGUUUCUUCUGCAGGAAGGCGCUAUCUGGAACGACCUCGAUAACAACGAUGAGACACCCGGUUGUCUUGCGCGACGUAUCAAGGCUUUGGAUCUGUAUGAGCUGCUUGUUGAUGCGGGUGUUCGAGCGGAGAUGCUGCUGAGCCGACUGGACGGGUACUUGGCGCUGUCCGAUGGAGAUGACGAGGACGAGGACGAGGAGGAAAGCACCGAGAACACAGAGGCCAACCAGGGCGAAGCCGAAGACGAGGCCGCUCCAGAACUCGUCGAUGCCUCCCACACAAAUGUUGCCUCUAUCACAUCCACCGACGAGAGAACAGGGCUCGCAAAUCCCGAGGUUUCCAACCCAGGCUACCUUGACUCCUCGCUGAACAUCACCAACGAACGGAUCCUCGAUGCGGACCAAAACGGCGUUAUGAUGAGCUGGGAAAGCUCCAUUAUGAAGAAUUCCGCACAGAAACUGCUUCCGCGACCGGGUAUGAGGGUUCUGAACGUCGGACACGGUAUGGGUAUCGUGGAUGGAUUCUUCCAGGAGCAGAGCCCUGCUUCGCACCAUAUCAUUGAAGCACACCCGGAUGUCGUUGCAGAGAUGAAGCGGCGCGGAUGGGACUCCAAGCCUGGUGUUGUGAUUCACGAGGGCCGAUGGCAGGAUAUCAUGCCUGGUCUUGUCGGUACAGGCGAGAUGUUUGACGCUAUCUACUAUGAUACUUUUGCCGAAUCCUACAAUGAUUUCCGGGAAUUCUUCUCCGAGCAGGUGAUUGGGUUGUUGGAGCAGGAUGGAAAGUGGGGAUUCUUCAAUGGCAUGGGAGCCGAUCGACAGAUUUCGUACGAUGUCUACCAGAAAGUUGGAGAGAUGGAUCUCUUUGAAGCUGGUUUUGAUGUCGAGUGGGAGGAUAUCCCGGUGCCCAAGUUAGGCGGCGAAUGGGAGGGCGUGAGGAGAGCUUACUGGGUGGUGGAUAACUACCGAUUGCCUCUGUGCCGGUUUAUGGAUUAA